AUGUCAUCUCUUGCUUAUAGAUCAUUGAAAAAUGGUAUAAGUUUGAAAAACUCAAUCAGAACUUUAUCAUCUACUUCAUCACAAUUAUCAAACUAUCAACAACCAGACUUUUCACAAUAUUUAAAUCACAAAACUCCACAAGCCAGUAGAAAUUUCACAUACUUUAUGGUUGGAUCAAUGGGAUUAUUAUCAGCAGUAGGAGCUAAAUCUACCGUAGACGCAUUUCUUUCAUCAUUCGCCGCAUCAGCCGAUGUUUUGGCCAUGGCUAAAGUUGAAGUCAAAUUAGGUGCUAUUCCAGAGGGUAAAAAUGUUAUUGUUAAAUGGCAAGGUAAACCAGUAUUCAUAAGACAUAGAACACCAGAAGAAAUUGAAGAAGCUAAUGAAGUAGAUGUAUCGAAGUUGAGAGAUCCACAAACCGAUGCCGAUAGAGUUAAAAAACCUGAAUGGUUAGUCAUGUUGGGUAUCUGUACUCAUUUAGGUUGUGUGCCUAUUGGUGAGGCUGGAGAUUUCGGAGGUUGGUUUUGUCCUUGUCAUGGUUCUCAUUACGAUAUUUCUGGAAGAAUUAGAAAAGGACCAGCCCCAUUGAAUUUGGAGAUUCCAGCUUAUGAUUUCACAGAUGAUGAAACUUUGAUGGUGGGUUGA